GGCACGGGCCGGGCAGCACCAUGGCGGCGGCGGCGCCUGCUGCUGCGGCGGCUUCUUCCGAGGCGCCGGCGGCGACUGCGACGGCUGAGCCCGAGGCCGGGGACGAGGACAGUCGAGAAGUCCGAGUGCUGCAGAGCCUGCGGGGCAAGAUCUGUGAAGCAAAAAAUUUAUUGCCAUAUCUUGGACCCAACAAAAUGAGAGAUUGUUUCUGCACCAUAAAUUUGGAUCAGGAAGAAGUUUAUCGUACCCAGGUUGUUGAAAAGUCUUUAAGCCCAUUUUUCAGUGAAGAAUUUUACUUUGAGAUUCCAAGAACUUUCCAGUAUUUGUCUUUCUAUGUUUACGAUAAGAAUGUUUUACAAAGAGAUCUUCGUAUAGGAAAAGUAGCCAUCAAAAAAGAAGAUUUGUGUAACCACAGUGGCAAAGAAACCUGGUUUUCACUACAGCCUGUUGAUUCCAAUUCAGAGGUUCAGGGUAAAGUUCACCUUGAAUUAAAACUGAAUGAACUGAUAACAGAGAAUGGAACUGUGUGCCAGCAGCUUGUUGUACACGUCAUGGCAUGCCAUGGGUUGCCUCUCAUAAAUGGACAAAGCUGUGACCCUUAUGCAACAGUUUCUCUAGUGGGCCCUUCUAGGAAUGACCAAAAGAAGACAAAAGUAAAGAAGAAAACAAGCAAUCCGCAGUUUAAUGAAAUCUUUUAUUUUGAGGUAACCAGAUCCAGUAGUUACACAAGAAAGUCUCAGUUCCAGGUAGAAGAGGAGGACAUUGAAAAGCUAGAAAUUAGAAUCGACUUGUGGAAUAAUGGAAACCUGGUCCAAGAUAUUUUCCUGGGUGAGAUUAAGGUUCCUGUGAACGUGUUAAGAAAUGAUUCCUCUCAUCAAGCCUGGUACUUGCUACAGCCAAGAGACAAUGGAAAUAAGUCAUCUAAAACUGAUGAUCUGGGGUCUCUUCGAUUAAAUAUAUGUUAUACAGAAGACUAUGUGCUUCCAUCAGAGUACUAUGGUCCUUUGAAAACGUUGCUGCUAAAAUCACCAGAUGUUCAGCCUAUAUCUGCCUCAGCUGCUUACAUUUUGGGUGAAAUUUGUCGAGAUAAAAAUGAUGCCGUUUUGCCCCUUGUACGACUGCUGCUGCACCAUGAUAAACUUGUUCCUUUUGCCACUGCAGUGGCUGAAUUAGACUUGAAGGAUACACAAGAUGCAAACACAAUUUUUAGAGGAAAUUCCUUGGCUACCCGAUGUCUGGAUGAGAUGAUGAAAAUAGUGGGAGGGCACUACCUGAAAGUCACAUUAAAACCUAUUCUAGAUGAGAUAUGUGAAUCCUCAAAAUCCUGUGAAAUUGAUCCUAUUAAAUUGAAAGAGGGAGAUAAUGUAGAAAAUAAUAAGGAGAAUCUGCGCUACUAUGUAGACAAGUUAUUCAGUACAAUUGUAAAAUCAAGUAUGAGCUGCCCCACUGUAAUGUGUGAUACCUUUUACUCUCUAAGGCAAAUGGCUACUCAGAGAUUUCCUAAUGACCCUCAUGUUCAGUAUUCUGCAGUGAGCAGCUUUGUAUUUCUUCGUUUCUUUGCUGUAGCCGUAGUAUCACCUCAUACUUUUCAUUUGCGACCUCAUCAUCCAGAUCCACAGACAGUUAGAACAUUAACCCUGAUCUCAAAAACCAUUCAGACUUUGGGAAGCUGGGGGAGUCUGUCCAAAAGCAAGUCAAGUUUCAAAGAGACAUUCAUGUGUGAAUUUUUCAAAAUGUUUCAAGAAGAAGGAUAUAUUGUAGCAGUUAAAAAGUUCUUGGAUGAAAUUUCAUCUACUGAAACUAAAGAAUCCAGUGGUACGAGUGAGCCUGUGCACCUGAAAGAAGGUGAGAUGUAUAAAAGAGCUCAGGGAAGAACUCGGAUUGGGAAAAAGAAUUUCAAGAAACGGUGGUUCUGCUUAACAAGCAGAGAGCUCACCUACCACAAACAGCCAGAAUUCAUUGAACGCAAAGAUGCAAUUUACACAAUUCCAGUGAAAAACAUUCUUGCUGUAGAAAAACUGGAAGAGAGCUCUUUCAACAAGAAAAAUAUGUUCCAAGUAAUACAUAUGGAGAAACCACUCUACGUCCAGGCAAAUAAUUGUGUAGAAGCUAAUGAAUGGAUAGAUGUACUCUGCAGGGUGAGCCGAUGCAAUCAGAACAGGCUCAGCUUUUAUCAUCCCUCUGCGUAUCUCAACGGAAACUGGCUCUGCUGUCUGGAGACUAGUGAAAACGCUCUUGGCUGCAAGCCAUGUACUGCAGGGGUCCCUGCAGACAUCCAAAUAGAUAUUGAUGAAGACAGAGAAACAGAAAGAAUUUAUUCCCUUUUUACCCUCAGUUUACUUAAGCUGCAGAAAAUGGAAGAGGCUUGUGGAACUAUAGCAGUCUACCAAGGACCACAGAAAGAGCCUGAUGAUUAUUCUAACUUUGUAAUCGAGGAUUCUGUAACAACCUUUAAGACAAUUCAGCAAAUAAAAAGCAUCAUAGAGAAGCUAGAUGAACCUCAUGAAAAGUAUAGGAAGAAAAGAUCAAGUAGUGCAAAAUAUGGGAGCAAGGAAAAUCCAAUUGUAGGAAAAACAUCUUAGAGUGUGACCAGCUGGUUUAGAGGAACUGGAAAAUACUAUUUUUGUUGGAGUUUGUCAAUUCAUCGUUUAUUUUGUUCCUGGUAUUUAAGAAUGAACAUUGGCUUCAGUGUCAUCUAUAUUCACAUUGUAUUUAAUAUUUAAUAAUUGAAAGUAACUGUUUGGGAAUCCUGCUAUUGAUGCAUUACUAGAGAAUUUGAAACUCAAGAUUCCCUUCGUAUCUUAUAUGUCAAAAGCCAUGUGUCUGCAGCUUCUUUUUAAUAGAAAGAAUCUUCCUAAAGAAGCUUUGUAACAAAAGGAGAACUCCUCCAUAGCAAGAAACCAUCUCUUCUUGUAACACUCCAUGUUCUGUGGACUUUUCACUACCAUUAGUGCCUGCUCUAUACUGCCAAUGUUAUGUUUUACCAGAAAAUCCAAUCCGUGACAAUUCACAGCUUUCCAUUUAGUUCAUCUAGACCCUCCCUCUUCAAAAAGGAAAAAAAGAUUUUUCCUUCCAUCUGUUAGUCAUUACAGAUUAUAGUAGGGACUUUCGAAAACUGCCAGAGCAUCCUUGAAGGUUGGUAGAUCCUUUUGCCUAUUUAAAGAUGUAAACAGAACUCAGACAGGAGAAAUCGGGGAACAUGUACUGUUGUGUGCAUCUUGUUUACAUUUGGGAUGAGUGAUGGCAGAUAAAAUACAGUGAGACCACUAAAUUUUUUUUCAUUGUUUUAAAUAUCAGGUACUCGUUUUCUUGAUUUGAAAAUUCGAGUUAACGUGACUUGUAAGGACAUCUCUUCUGAAAAAGAAGUGACAGUAGUCAGUGAAAAAAGGUGGUGGGAAAAUCACUUGACUUCACCUGUUAUUCCAUGUUAUUAUAAGGGUCACCAUAAGAACGCCCUCCUCCUAGUGUGAGGGUGAGAGCUAACUCAAGAACAGUCACUAGGCGCACUUUAAUAAUCUGGGCUGCCCCAGAUUAUACUUUAGAUACUCUGUGGUAUCUAAUCUUUAUGAUCAGUUGAAUGAUCAGUGUUUAAGUCUAGAAAUAGUGCUUUCUUGAAAAUGUUUAUAUUUCAUUGCUGUUUUCUUAUUGCCUGCUAGCCAAAUGGAGUUUGGGCAAGCAACGUUUGAAUCCUCUUUUUCCCUAAUAAUUUACUUUUAUCCUAAAAACCAUAAUUGUAAAUAAGCAGUCGAAGCAAGUUGCCUCCUUGAAGUUAAGAGGAAUACACAUUGCUUCAUCAGUAUUAAAAAACAUGGUACUCUUAUUUUGUCUUUUAAAAUUUAAAACAUUUUCUAAAUGUGGUACUUUGAACCCUGGAGUAUUUACAUAUUUCUGUUUAAAACUGUGACUUAUUAAUGUAAGUCUAGCUAGUAGUGCUUUUUUUUGUUUUCCUGAGCAUAAGCUAUAUAUCAGGAUACACUUUGCCAAUUAUGUUAUUGGUGAGUAAUUGUUUUUAAAUUAUAUUGUUAAUAGGGAAUUUUUUUUAAAGACCAUUGACACAC